UGAAUAAUGCAUAUACUCACUUUGUUGACCUGAACAUGCAAAGUUGCUGAAACAUAAUAACUGUGUAUACGGUACAUACCAGUCAGGCUCAUUUCUACCCUAAACUAUUAAUAGAACGGCCCACCCCCCUUGCCCUAGUUUUCAUUCCUGACUGACUGUGGUCUGUAGGCAGACCUGCAGACCAAAACAGCACUUAAGCUGAAAGGGAGCACCAAUGCAGCAAACAGCAACACAAAAUCAAAUCUUGUUGUGCGUUAUUAAAGGUCAGUGAUGUAGCUAGAUGUAGUUUACACUAGUUUUCCAAGAACAUGUUUUGUUUCUGAUUUACAGUGGCUUGGUCUUCCAUUAAUACACCAAGUAGGUUAGGCUAGUUCAAGAGAAAAUAGAUUUGACGGUUAUUGCCAAUGGAGACAUAUUGGCUCACCCUCAAUUGGACAACAUGGAUCCUUAGUACUCUACCUUAUAUGAAGUGAAAUAGAAUAGAAGUGUCAUAGAUCAGUGAUAUGGAGAAAGGUAACAAUGAUGAUGCAGUCUGGAAUGCAUCUGGUGCUAUUCUGGAUAUUGACCCAGGGUCCUGGGCAGACCGCUCACCCUUACAUGAUGCUGCAUGCCAAGGUCGUCUCUUAGCUCUGAGGAAUCUCAUUUUACAGGGCCACAAUGUAAAUGUAGUCACUAUAGACCAUGUGAGUCCUCUGCACGAGGUCUGCCUUGGAGACCAUGUAGCAUGUGCCAGAGCUCUGAUCGCUGCAGGAGCCAAUGUGAACGUCACCACCAUUGAUGGGGUGACUCCUCUUUUCAACGCGUGCUCAGUGGGCAGUGUAUCAUGUGUAGAGGUCCUCCUGGAGAACGGGGCAAAACCCCAGGCUCUGGUAUUUCAGCCCUCGCCCAUUCACCAAGCCAGCAGUAAAGGCAGCAGUGGGUGUGUGGAGACUCUAAUCAGAUGGGGAGCCGACGUGGACUUUGACAUUCCUCACCUGGGAACGCCCCUCUACACCGCCUGUGUCUCUCAGGAGAUAGAGUGUGUCCAGAGGCUGCUGAGGGAAGGAGCAAAUGUACAGAAAGGUAGAUAUAUGGAGUCUCCCUUACACGCUGCCGCUGAGAAGGACUGCACUGCCAUUGUUAAGCUGUUGUUGGACUUUGGGGCAGAUAUCCAUGCCAGGAACAUUGAGUUCCAGAGACCUGUGGAGGCUGCUCCCCCCAGCAGCCUGACAGAGGGGUUUCUACUGGUCUAUGAGGCCACGCCCCAACCAUUGAGUCAGCUGUGUCGACAGCGUAUCCGUGACCGUGUGGGCCGUGACAGGUUUCACCUCAUCAACCAUCUUCCCCUUCCCAACCCCCUCAGGAACUACCUCCAGUACAUAUGAUGAGCUUAGAACGUCACAAUCUCAAAGGCAGCCUGCAAGGAUAGAAGGAGCACUACUUGCACUUGAAGCAAUGAAAUACAUACUUGAUUUAGCCUAUACCAGGUUUUAGGAUGGUUCACAAGAAACUGCUAAAAUUUGGGGUUGGAGCAAUGACCAGCAAUCAUGGUUUGCUAUGAACAUUUUCAAGGGAGAGUUUCAUUUAAAUCCAGAGCUGGACUGUUUAAAGGCACUUAGAAAAUGUGUUCCUCAUCAAUAUUUUGCAGCAGGUUUAUAAAUUAAUCUGUUGCUGGCUCAUAUGCUCAUACAAUAACACAAUUUAAAGUGCUUUCAUAUUAUGGAAAAUACAUUUAAUUUGGAUUGUUAUAUUAACAUGGUUUAUCACGUUAUAUAUUUUAGAUUAGACCUGUGCAUCUGCAAAACUUGAAAUUCACCUAAAUCUUUACUAUUAUCAUUGAGAACACUACUCCUACAUUCAUAUCCUCAAAAAUAUAGAUAUAAACUUGCUUGCUUUAUGUGUUUUAUGUGUGAUCUUAUUGUCUGAGCUGCUUGCUAUUAUUUUAUUAAAACGUUUUGGAUUCCA